UAAGAAAUAGUGCCAGCUAGCUUACAUUUAGCAUAUCUGGUUGAACAGGUAGUUAGCUAAUGUAAUACUGUCACAUCCAGCCCUGCUGGUUGAGCUACAUUUUGUACAUCUUGUCUCGUUUCAGGUAGCUUCACUUCCUGUUCUCCUGUAUUUCCUGCCCUGCCCGUAUUACUUUGGACCGGAGAGGUCAGGGUGCUGCAAAUAUCACAACACAACACGUUAAGAAAAACACGCUGCAAAUAUCACAACACAACACGUUAAGAAAAAUGUGCUGCAACUAUCACAACAGAACGCACUAAGAAAAACACUGCACACCCAUCUCCACACCUGCACGCAGGAUGAUCUCUCUACAGUAAACAAGUAGGGACAAGCCAUGGUAAAUGCAUUGAAACACUCCUGAACGAGCAGACAGGCAGGAUUAGGACAUCCAGUUUUCAAAAUAGUUUUUCUUGAUGUGUAGUGUUGUGAUAUUUGCAGUGCCCUGGCCUCUCAGGGCCACCAUACCUAAUGCUUAAUUGCCUCCCCCCUGUCUAAAUAAAACAGGAAACACAUGGAGAAAACUGAAAACCACAAAUAAAAACCAAAAUGUAGCUCAACCAGCAGAGCUGCAUCUAUUUAUUCUCAGUGUGGAUGCAUCUGACUUUGCUGUCAAUGCAGUUCGCUCACAUAUUCAAAAUUGGAAAGAGAUGCCUGAUGCCUAUGUCAUGGAUUCCCAUCAGGAGACACAUUUUCAAGACAUCCAGUCCUCUCAUGAUGUACUGGAAACACCAAUUACACCAUUGCACACAGAUGGAGUGCUCAAGUAAGUUACCUUGUCUGAGUCCUGCUGAGUUGAGGCUGUUGAUCAGGCAGAGCGAUUCCAGAAUAAGCACCACCACUGGAUUGGCAAAAGGAUACCAGCAGGCUAAUGUCGUCAUUUUACCCAAGCACCUGGCCGAAGACUUUGAAGCCUUCUGUCACAGUAAUCCCGCCCCCUUGCCACUCCUAUAUCGCAGCCAAUCGGGAGAGACCUCCUGUCUGCCUUUAGCCAGAAAUGCUGACAUAAGGACAGACAUUUCUCAGUACUGUGUGUAUGAGAAGGGUCACCUGGUGGAAACAGUCUCCAGUCUGCAGAAUUACACCAGGGAACCAAGGAUUGCUUCAGGACAGCAGGCCGUAAAUCAGAGCCAUCAGUGGUCGGACAUGGUGUGUUUCUAUCUGGGCUGCAGUUUUGGCUUUGAGGGCAAAUUGAAGACCGCUGGAGUCCCUGUCAGAAAUGUGGAGCAGGGCAGAAACGUCAGCAUGUACAGGACUGCAGUUACCUGUCGCCCUGCUGGAGCCUUCAGCUGCCCUCUAGUGGUCACUAUGCGUCCUGUUCCAGCUGCUCUGCUGAAUGCGGCAGUGGAGGUUACUCAUCUCAGUCCACGAGCACAUGGAGCACCUGUACACAUAGGAGAACCAGCGCUCAUCGGCAUAAAGGACCUGUCCAGACCAGACUAUGGGGAGCCAGUCGAGCUGCAGCCUGGUGAUGUCCCAGUCUUCUGGGCUUGUGGAGUGACCGCAAUCGAGGCAGUACUGAGCAGCAAACCUUCAUUGGCCUUCAGUCAUUCACCAGGAUGUAUGUUCCUGACUGAUGUCCCAGACUCCUCUACUUCCCUCAUAACUCCUCCCCCUGACGUACUGAAUGGCCCAAACACUGAACUCAGUCCUGAGCUGACGCCACUCUGCUUCUUGGUAUCCCACAAGCCCUUGCUGUACAGCCUGGUAUCUCAGCGUGCAGCAGCAAGAAUCCGACAUCUGGAGAUUAUUAUCGGAGAAGAUUUAGGUGAACGAGGGAUCAAACAGUUAUUCACUGAGGAUGAACUUCUGCACUCCUGUCUGGCUCUCUCCCACUCCACCUCGGUUGCCAUAACGACUGGCUUCCCCACGUACAUGCACAGCCCACAUGAUGAGAAUGAUGGCCCACCUGGAGCCAUUGCCAUGGCGACAAUGCUGUUGUCUCUAGGGAAACAGGUGACCAUGGUAACAGACAGGAGAUCCUUGGAGAGGAACCAGGCCCUUAUUGAUGAAGCUGUGAAAACAGGUGUGCUGAAAACUACAAUCCCUCUGGUCACCUUUGAAGACACUGGCCCAGAUGCUGCUUUGCACUUUUUGUGUCACCAUGGAGACCCCAGCAAGCCCAGGUAUGACCACCUUGUGGCGAUAGAGCGCAGUGGAAGAGCUGCUGACGGAAAUUACUACAACAUGAAGGGAGUGGAAAUCAAACAUCUGGUGGAUCCUAUUGAUAACCUGUUCAUCGCUGCCAAGGAUUUACCUGGAAUUACCACCACGGGAAUCGGUGAUGGCGGUAAUGAGUUGGGGAUGGGUAAAGUGAAGGAGAAGGUGAAGAGCCUGAUACUCAACGGGAGCCUCAUAGCCUGUGACGUUCCUGCUGACUAUGCCAUCAUUGUCGGUGUGAGCAAUUGGGGUGGAUAUGCUGUGGCCUGUGGGCUCUACCUACUCUACACCUGCCCGUCACACCAGAGGUACCUGAGGAGAGGACUGGGUGAGGAACUCACAACAUCCCAAGAACAGCUUCAGGACUGGACCGCUCAGCUGCCAUCUGUGGACAAGGAGGAAUCCUUCCUCUCCACUCUGAUGCAAUUUGGAAUACGAUGUGGUAUAACUGAUCACUUAGGGAUGAAGGUGGAUGGUUUGACAUUUCACCCCACACACUCCGACAUCAUCACCAGACUACGAGAAGUGACACUGUAGACUUCAACUUAAAAAAAAAAAGUAUGGCUGAGUAUGUAAAAGAAAUUAUAUACAGUAUAUAUAUUAAUAUAGUUCAUAUGAAUCACUUUGAAAGCUCAAACCUUGGGCGUGCGAGUGCUCAUUUGGGUCAGCUGUUCAGAUCACACAUAACCAGCGUAUGAAAGGAAGUGAGAGAGAAACGAGUUUCCUGGCACUCAUUGUUCUUCUUUAGAGACACAACAACAACAACAACAAAAUCACAACAAUGGGUGACAGCUGCCCCUAAUUUAAUAUAUUUGUAUGAUAUAAAACACAUUUUGGAAAGUCAAUGAUGGCUCUGAUGGUGUCUGAUGGUACAUACAAGGUUACAGUUUAAGUGUUAAAUAUUCCAUUUGGCGCAGGAAAGAUUAAAUACCGCUGACACCGGGGGCGAAAUUGCUUCACACGCACGCUUCGUAUUGCGUCACAAUGCCGACAUACUCUCUGUAACGCGCAAGUGUUACAGGCGAUUUGAACAACGCUGUAAAUCCCGCGUCACCGCCCGUCAUUCUGCUACAGCAUUUUCAUAUCAAAACACAGCUGAUCCGCGUAAUUAUGUGUGAAACAAUAACCUCUGCCCCCAGAAAAAGUCUCCAGAACCUCCUUCUACUGUAUGUGUGUGUGUGUCUACAACUGGGAAACUCGGGGUCCAAUAAAGUUUUGAAGACAUGCUUGGUGCUCAAAUUGUAAAGUCGUUGCUAAACACCGUUGCUCGGCAACAACAGCCCCACUUAUCGGCCUGUCAUGUUACAGUAAUGCGAGGAAUGAAGACGGAGAAAAUAGCCCCUUGGGAAACGUCUCUGACCUAAACUAGCACGGAACGGACUAUAGCCAGGUCCAAGUCCGGAUAGUCUUCAGGCUCAUGUAGCGUCACGUUUGUGAUUAAAGGUAAAGUACAUAAAGUGAAAAUCAAGGAAUGAUGUCCAGCUCCAGCACACUCCUUCGUUUUGUUUUUUUCAGCAGUGACCUUUGUCCAAAAUGUGACCCCAGUUUAAUAAUAUGACUUCCUGCUGGACGGCAGCAGCAGCCAGAAGCAGAUAAAACUGCCAAGAUUAACACACACACACACACACACACACACAGUCUGGUUUCCAUCACCUCAAAAGGACAUUACACUGACUUGCAUUCAUUUGCUGGAGACUACCUCUGGCCUGAAGCAUAACCAUAAUUCAGAGCUAAACCAUAAAUUUAAACUAGUUCCUCAGAAAUGAUUAUCACAUUCAUUCUUGGCAGUGUUUCUGUCGGGUCCUCAAGGGGUAACAAAUACAAAUACACACAGACACACACACACACACACAAUCUGGUUUCCAUCACCUCAAAAGGACAUUACACUGACUUGCAUUCAUUUGCUGGAGACUACCUCUUGCCUGAAGCAUAACCACAAUUCAGAGCUAAACCCUAAACUUAAACUAGUUCCUCAGAAAUGAUUAUCACAUUCAUUCUUGGCAGCGUUUGUCAGGGUCCUCAAGGGGUAACAAAUACAAAUACACACAGACACACACACACACACACAAUCUGGUUUCCAUCACCUCAAAAGGACAUUACACUGACUUGCAUUCAUUUGCUGGAGACUACCUCUUGCCUGAAGCAUAACCACAAUUCAGAGCUAAACCCUAAACUUAAACUAGUUCCUCAGAAAUGAUUAUCACAUUCAUUCUUGGCAGCGUUUGUCAGGGUCCUCAAGGGGUAACAAAUACAAAUACACACACACACACACACACUAUUAAACUCGGUACCUCCAGAGGAAGGAUGCCGUUACUAAAACAAAUAAAUCAACAGACAAUAGCAAACAAAAGGGAAAAAACAUUCCUUUUCAUUUGCAGCUCCUGGUUCACCUUGACAUCCAGCCAACCAUAAUAUCUCUAAAAUCUGAAAUACAGAGACAGAAGAGUUGUUAAAAGAAGCAGAGUCUCUCUCACGUCAAAAACUAAGAAUAUCAGCACACCUCGCACAGAACUCAGAAGUGAAAAGCACACUUGAAUAAUCAAUUGUAACACCUUUGUUGGGGCCCCUCAACUAUGAAGCAGUAAAUUACAUUUCUGGACACUCAGGCAUGUUCUAACCCUUGUAUUAGCUUAAAUCUUUCAUUCUAAAUAAAAUAAAUACAUCUCAGAAGAA